AUGGAGCUCACUCGAUUCCUCGCCUUCCUGGCUGUCGCCUUGCCCGUUGUCUACGGUGCCCCUACCCAGACCGCGACCAACCUCGGUCCCAAGGUCCUGGAGGCCAUGAAGCGCGACCUGGGUCUGGAAUCCGACCAGGCCUAUGCUCGUGUUGCCAGGGAGCUCUCGGCUGUCGAGAUCAUUGAGCAGAUCAAGACCGCGGCCGGCAACUCGUUCGCUGGCGCUUGGGUGACCGAGAACGGCGCCAUUACCAAUGUCGCCAUCACUGAUGCCGCCAUGGCCGGCCAGGUGACCGCUGCUGGCGCCACGCCCGUCAUCGUGUCCAACAGCCUCUCCAAGCUUGAGGAGGCCAAGCUGGCACUUGACAACACGAACAUUGACCAGCCCACGACCCUCUCCACCGGCGAGGAGGCCGCCACUGGCAUCGCGGCGUACUACGUCGACGUCGAGGCCAACAAGCUCGUCAUCGAGGCCCUCGCUGGUAGCACCGACCAUGCGGCGGCCCUGGCAGCCCAGGUCGGGCUCACCGAGUCCGAGUUUGAGGUGAAGACCGUUGAUGCGUUGAACACCCCCUUCCUCCAGGGUGGCGACGCCUACUACAUCGCCCGUUCUGCCCGAUGCUCCGUCGGCUUCUCGGUCACCACUGGUUUCGUUUCGGCUGGUCACUGUGGUACAGCAGGUUCUUCUGUCUCCACCACCCUGACCGGUACGGCCAUCGGAACCUUUUCGGCUUCGGUCUUCCCAGGUAGCGCCGACAUGAGCUACAUCAGGACUACCAGCGGAACCAACCAGGGGAGCAUCAACGGCUACAACUCGGCUGACCAGGAUGUCGCGGGCAGCACCGCGGCCGCCGUCGGCGCGGCCAUCUGCCGCUCCGGCUCCACCACCGGUGUCCACUGCGGCACUGUUCGCUCGCUGGGCGCCACGGUCACCUACGCCGAGGGACGUGUCACCGGUCUUACCCAGACCAACGUGUGCGCCGAGCCCGGUGACUCUGGCGGUUCUUUCUAUUCCGGUGCCCAGGCCCAGGGUGUCACCUCCGGAGGCUCCGGUGACUGCACCGCCGGCGGCAUCACCUACUUCCAGCCCGUCAACGAGAUUCUGUCCACCUACGGCCUCACCCUGGUCACCUAA